AUGCGUCAAGGUGGUACAUUUGCUGAUGCAAUCGUAGUUGUUGCAUCAGCUAUGUUAUUACGUAGACAAAUUAUCAUUCAUCAACAUGAACAACGUCCAGUAUUAUUUAAACCUUUAUUUUCUAUUUCAACUAGCAAUCAAAUACAUCUCGUUUAUGACUCUAAAAAUCUUCACUAUAGUAGUUUAUUGUCAACUGAUGGCCAUAAACUAUUUAUUGACGAAUUCGAAUGUAUUUGUGCGUAA